AAUUAAUGAGUAAAGGUGCUGCCUUUGGGUGGUAUUUUACUAUUUUUUGUUUUGUCAAAAGAUUUCCUUGAAUAAGAACUGGGGUUUGACUUCUUGUUUGCAGGCAGCUGUUUUUUGUUGUAUUUAUAUGCUCUGGUCUUAUUUUUGAUCUUGAAUGUAUGAAGGACUUCAGGUGCCUGGUAAUGGGGAAAGGAUCUGGACAGAUGGUUGACUUUUUGUUGACCUUUUGAAUGGUUCUGUUUUGGGUUUAAAUGAUGGAAUGUUCAUCUGUAUCUAUACUGGGUAUCCUUAACUCCUUAAGUAGCUUUGUUAGGGGGAGUGGUUUAUGUUUGUGUUUUCUUUACUCAAAUCCCACCCCCCUCUAUUUCCUACCAACAAAAGAAAGAAAAAAAGAAAAGGGAAACAUUUGGUUUGUUUCCAGGACUCUGGGCCUAUUGUAAAUGAUGAAAUGGUCAUUUGUUUGGUCUGAAAUGAUUUAGUACACAGUUUUGUUGUGUCCAUGAUUGAUGAGAGUGGUUGUGUUGCUUGGUGAUUGAUUGUAGUGGAAGAUAGAGAUCUGUUAAUUUGUUGGUUUCAUCAUUAGCAGAAAUUCUUGAUUUGAUUUUGGAUGCUACAGUUUGAGGUUCCCAUUUGAUCUGACUAGUUAGGUCUGUGUUGCCAUCGAUGAAAUAGCGAUGGAUUAUGGUGACAUUUUGGGCAGGUGACAAAUUUGUUUUAGGUUAUCGUUUACUAUUCCUUUCUUGACUCCAUUGAAACCUCAUACACAGCAAAAGCUCACCAACCCUUUUGUAUUCUUAGCCCCCCUUUGCCAACUAUGUACUAAUUAAUUUAAUAAUCUUUGUCUAUAAUUUUGGAAUUGUGAGUUCAUGUUCUUGUGGGAUUGCUAUAAUAUUUUCAACUUGUUAGUUCAGGGUCCCCACUUCACAAUUGAAGACCCUGUUGUUUUUGACUUGUUGUGGAAUCACAGUUUGGUAUUGAGUGGUUCCUGGGUUUAAAACAUAAAACUGGAAGUCCUGAAGAUAUGCAGUUUGAGAGUUCGAGAGGCGUUUAAUGUAGUGCAGUCCUCGAGGAAAAAGGGCUCGAAGAUUUGGAUUCCUCGGGGCUUAUUUGAGAAGUACGCUUGAGAAGGGUUUAUGAUUUUCAGUUCCGGUUUAAGAACAGCCUGGCUAUCAAGCUAACCUUUUUUUUCCUCCAUAGCAUAUGAAUUCCAUCUCGUCCACGAAAGGGGCGGGGGCAUAUUCGUUGCUUUUCAAUUUAGAUUUGUGCAAUAUCGUUUGCUUUUCUAUCUGAUUAUAAUCUGAUGCACCUUUAAGUUUAUGAUUUUCUACUCUGUUGUCGUAUGAAAUCUUCAUCGUAUGCCUAUUUAGUGUUGUAUGCUUAAGUUAUAUUACUAAAUUGACACAUUUGUAGCAACAUGUGAUUCAACAUUAGCAUAUACAACCUUAAGAUAUGUCACUUUUGGUGCCGAUUGCUAGUGAAAAGUACAUAGCGUUGUGUUUGAAGAAUUAGGUGAUUAUGUCUCCGACUUCAAUGCUUGAAUAAGUGAAUGGCUGUAUCUGUAUGUGUUCAAUCACUUCAAAGUUUAAUUUAGCCCGAGAAAGGCUUAGUACGAGAUUCUAUGUGUUGGAUGAUCUGUUUUUGCUGUCCAUUGCUCAUCAUCACGGAAUUAACAUGAACAACAGUACAGUCCUCUCGGGCUGCAUCAUAGAAUGUGACCUCAAAACCGUAAUUUUCAUCUACUUACUUUCAGGACAUGGAGCCUUUAAGCCUGCAGUUACAAGGCCAUGCCUCGCCUCCUGCUCAGUCGUCGUUUCAGUCCCCGAGGGAAGUUACCGCUGCAAGGAAAACUACUUCUCAAGACCAGUGCGCUUCAUCUGGAUCCGAAGAAAGUCGUGGGAAGCACGUACCUGCUCAAAUCAAGCCUAUGUUCGUUAUUAGCAACCCAGAAUUUCCUGUGAAUCCAGCCCAAGGUGAAAUGGGUCCAUCCACGAUUCACUCGAAUUACAAUUACUCAGAUCCAUACUUCAGUGGCUUAUUUACUGCUUAUGGACCUCAGCCUUUUCCUCAAAUGGUCGGGAUUGCACCUGCUCGGGUACCAUUGCCACUCGAUCUUGCAGAAGAUGGACCGAUUUAUGUCAAUGCAAAACAGUACCAUGGAAUACUGAGGAGGAGGCAAAUUCGUGCAAAGCUUGAGGCGCAAAACAAGCUCGUGAAAACUAGAAGGCCAUACCUGCACGAGUCUCGCCAUCUUCAUGCGGUGAACAGGGUUAGGGGCUCGGGCGGGCGAUUCCUUAGCACGAAGAAGCUGCAAGAAUCGCUGUCAAUGAACUGCGGUUCUGGGAGUGAUUCUGCGAAGCGCCACAAGGCUUCAACUGCCUCUACUCCACACGGGAUGUCUCAGGGCGUUCAUGGCAACGUCAUGUUCCAGCCGCCUGAUCAUCAUCACAGGCUCUCGAGCCUGCCUUCUCACAUGGCGGCCGCUGCUGCUUCCAUGCAAGGCGGGGGCGGGCUUACUUGCAACGCGUAUUCUCCGGUUGUCCGGUGAGGAGUUCCUCACUGGGCAGGCAGUUCAUCCUUGGCUAUUUGUUACUUUUCCUGUGAAGAAGUUUAUGUGUUUAGUUUGGUCCUUUUUUUUUUUUUUUUCUUAGGAACUGCAAUAAGGCAUGCUUGACCUUUUUCUUUUUGAUGACUUUAAGGUAAUGCUUAGUCUGUCGUGUAACCAUUAAAUUUUAUGUUGUUCACUGAUAGGGAAGCAACUAAGUUAUCUUUACUGCUAUUGCUAAUAUAUGUUGAAUGUGGAUGCCUUUGUUAAGGAUUAA